UCGCCGGACGGACGCGAUGGCCUCGGAAGUGGUGUGCGGGCUCAUCUUCAGGCUGCUGCUCCCCGUCUGCCUGGCAGUAGCCUGUGCGUUCCGGUACAAUGGGCUGUCCUUCGUCUACCUCAUCUACCUCCUGCUCAUCCCCCUGUUCUCAGAACCAACCAAAGCCACCAUGCAAGGACACACAGGACGGUUGUUAAAGUCUCUGUGCUUCACCAGUUUUUCCUUCCUGUUGCUGCAUAUAAUUUUCCACAUCACGUUGGCAAGUCUGGAGGCGCAGCACCGCAUUGCACCUGGUUACAACUGCUCAACCUGGGAAAAGACAUUCCGACAGAUCGGCUUUGAAAGCUUAAAGGGAGCUGAUGCUGGCAACGGGAUCCGAGUGUUUGUGCCUGACGUCGGCAUGUUCAUAGCCAGUCUGACCAUCUGGCUGGUCUGUAGGAACAUCGUUCAGAAACCAGUGACUGAAGAAGCAGCGCAGUAUAAUCUGGAGUUUGAGAAUGAAGAAUCGGCUGGAGGAGAAAAAAUAGACCCAGAAGAGGCACUGAUCUAUGAAGAGGAUUUAGAGGAAAGAGAUGGUGUUGAAGGCGAUUUGGAAGAAAGCACGAAAUUAAAACUCUUCCGCAGGCUGGCCUCUGUGGCUUCCAAGCUUAAGGAGUUCAUUGGCAACAUGAUAACCACCGCGGGGAAGGUUGUUGUGACGAUUUUACUGGGUUCAUCAGGAAUGAUGCUGCCCUCUCUGACCUCGUCCGUGUACUUCUUUGUGUUUUUGGGUCUGUGCACCUGGUGGUCCUGGUGCCGGACCUUCGACCCUUUGCUGUUCAGCUGUCUCUGUGUCCUGCUGGCUAUUUUCACUGCGGGACACUUGAUUGGACUGUAUUUGUACCAGUUCCAGUUCUUCCAAGAAGCAGUCCCUCCCAACGACUACUAUGCCAGGUUGUUUGGUAUCAAAUCAGUCAUUCAAACAGACUGUUCCAGCACGUGGAAGAUCAUAGCAAACCCAGACCUGUCAUGGUACCACCAUGCCAACCCCAUCGUCCUGCUGGUGAUGUACUACACGCUGGCCACUCUAAUCCGAAUCUGGCUACAGGAGCCCCUUGUGCAGGAAGAGAGGACCAAGGAAGAGGACAGAGCCCUGGCCUGCAGCCCCGUCCCCAUCACAGCCGAGAGGAGGCGGAGCCUGUGGUACGCGACCCACUACCCCACGGAUGAGAAAAAACUUUUAUCCAUGACUCAAGAUGACUACAAACCAUCUGACGGCCUGCUGGUGACUGUGAACGGCAACCCCGUGGAUUACCACACCAUCCACCCGAGCCUUCCCCUAGAGAACGGCCCUGCCAAGGCCGACCUGUACUCCACCCCACAGUACCGCUGGGAGCCCGCCGCCGACUCCCCGGAAAAGAAGGAGGGAGAAGAUGAGAAAGAAGAAUUUGAGGAGGAGAAGGCCCAUGAGGAGAAAAGGAGUGUCAAAGUCCAUGCCAUGGUCUCUGUGUUCCAGUUCAUCAUGAAGCAGAGUUACAUCUGUGCCCUUAUCGCUAUGAUGGCAUGGAGCAUCACGUACCACAGCUGGCUGACGUUCGUGCUGCUGAUCUGGUCCUGCACUCUUUGGAUGAUUCGCAACAGAAGGAAAUAUGCCAUGAUCAGCUCUCCAUUCAUGGUUGUCUACGGAAAUCUACUGCUCAUAUUACAGUACAUAUGGAGUUUUGAACUCCCUGAAAUUAAAAAGGUCCCAGGAUUUUUAGAAAAGAAAGAGCCUGGGGAACUUGCUUCAAAGAUCCUUUUCACCAUUACGUUUUGGCUGUUGCUGAGACAGCACCUCACAGAGCAAAAGGCUCUCCAAGAAAAGGAAGCUCUUCUGUCUGAGGUCAAAAUCGGAAGUCAGGAAAAUGAAGAAAAAGAUGAUGAACAGGACAUACAGGUGGAUGGGGAGGCCCAGGAGAAGAAGGAAGAAGAGGAACCAAAGGAGGAGAAGCAGGAGCAGAAGAAGGAAGAGGAGGAGGAAGACGAGCAGGACAUCAUGAAGGUGCUGGGUAACCUGGUGGUGGCCUUGUUCAUCAAGUACUGGAUCUACGUCUGUGGAGGGAUGUUCUUCUUCGUCAGCUUCGAGGGUAAAAUUGUGAUGUACAAGAUCAUCUACAUGGUGCUCUUCCUGUUCUGUGUGGCCCUGUAUCAGGUGCACUAUGAGUGGUGGAGACGGAUCCUGAAAUAUUUCUGGAUGUCGGUGGUUAUCUACACGAUGCUGGUGCUGAUCUUUAUAUACACAUAUCAGUUUGAAAACUUCCCGGGCCUGUGGCAAAAUAUGACUGGAUUGAAAAAAGAAAAGCUGGAGGACCUUGGCUUAAAACAGUUCACGGUGGCUGAGCUCUUCACGCGCAUAUUCAUCCCCACGUCCUUCUUGCUGGUGUGCAUCCUGCACCUGCACUACUUCCACGACCGCUUCCUGGAACUCACGGACCUGAAGUCCAUUCCCAGCAAGGAAGACAGCGCCAUCUACAGACUGGCCCACCCCGAGGGAAGCCUUCCGGACCUCGCCAUGAUGAAGCCAACCGCCAGCUUGGAGGUGGUGGAAGCCAAGCAGCUGGCUGGACCUGGGGAGGAGAAGCCAGGGGGAUGCCCUGCAAAGGCCAAGAAGGGCGAGCUCGGCAAGGAGAGUGAGGAAGAGGACGAGGAGGAGGAGGAGGAGGACGAGGAGGAGGAAGAGACAUCAGAUCUGAGGAACAAGUGGCACCUGGUGAUUGACCGCCUCACGGUGCUGUUCCUGAAGUUCCUGGAGUGUUUCCACCAGCUGCAGACGUUCCUGUGGUGGAUCCUGGAGCUUCACAUCAUCAAGAUCGUCUCCUCCUACAUCAUCUGGGUGUCCGUGAAAGAGGUGUCUCUGUUCAACUAUGUAUUUUUGAUUUCUUGGGCUUUUGCUCUGCCGUACACCAAGCUCCGCCGCCUGGCUUCAAGCGUCUGCACUGUGUGGACAUGUGUGAUCAUUGUCUGCAAAAUGUUGUACCAGCUGCAGACCAUUAAGCCUGAGAACUUUUCUGUCAACUGUUCCUUGCCAAAUGAAAACCAAACGAAUAUACCCCUGCAGCAGCUGAACAAGUCUCUGCUCUACAGCGCCCCCAUUGACCCAGCGGAGUGGGUCGGCCUGAGGAAGUCCUCUCCUUUGCUUGUCUACCUGAGGAACAACCUCCUGAUGCUGGCCAUUCUGGCCUUUGAGGUCACCAUCUACCGCCAUCAGGAGUAUUAUCGCAGUAGGAACAACCUUACGGCCCCCGUGUCUAAAACCAUCUUUCACGACAUUACAAGACUCCACCUGGAUGAUGGACUUGUCAAUUGUGCCAAGUAUUUCAUCAAUUACUUCUUCUACAAGUUUGGUCUGGAGACCUGUUUCCUCAUGUCAGUUAACGUGAUCGGUCAGCGGAUGGAUUUCUACGCCAUGAUUCACGCCUGCUGGCUGAUUGCCGUCUUGUACCGACGCCGAAGGAAAGCCAUUGCGGAGAUCUGGCCCAAGUACUGCUGCUUCCUGGCCUGCAUCAUCACCUUCCAGUACUUCAUCUGCAUCGGCAUCCCUCCCGCCCCGUGCCGAGAUUACCCCUGGAGGUUCAAGGGCGCCAGCUUCAACGAUAACAUCGUCAAGUGGCUGUACUUCCCAGACUUCAUCGUGCGGCCCAACCCCGUGUUCCUCGUGUAUGACUUCAUGCUGCUUCUGUGCGCCUCCCUACAACGGCAGAUUUUCGAGGAUGAAAACAAGGCCGCCGUGCGGAUCAUGGCAGGUGACAACGUGGAGAUCUGCAUGAACCUGGACGCGGCCUCGUUCAGCCAGCACAACCCCGUCCCCGACUUCAUCCACUGCAGAUCGUACCUGGACAUGUCCAAAGUGAUCAUCUUCAGCUACCUCUUCUGGUUCGUGCUCACCAUCAUCUUCAUCACCGGGACGACCAGGAUCAGCAUCUUCUGCAUGGGUUACCUGGUGGCCUGCUUCUACUUCCUGCUCUUUGGGGCCGAUUUGCUGCUGAAGCCCAUCAAGAGCAUCCUGCGGUAUUGGGACUGGCUGAUUGCAUACAAUGUCUUUGUGAUCACGAUGAAAAACAUACUGUCGAUAGGAGCAUGCGGCUAUAUUGAAAAAUUGGUUCAAAAUAGUUGCUGGUUGAUCCAAGCUUUCAGCCUGGCCUGCACAGUCAAGGGCUACAAAAUGCCUGAUGAUGAUUCCUCGUGUAAACUACCCAGCGGGGAAGCGGGGAUUAUUUGGGACAGCAUAUGCUUUGCCUUCCUCCUGCUGCAGAGAAGAGUUUUCAUGAGUUACUAUUUCCUGCACGUCGUGGCGGAUAUAAAAGCUUCACAGAUCCUGGCUUCGAGGGGGGCUGAACUUUUCCAGGCCACGAUUGUAAAGGCUGUAAAGGCAAGAAUUGAGGAAGAGAAAAAGUCAAUGGACCAGCUGAAGAGGCAGAUGGAUCGCAUCAAGGCCAGGCAACAGAAAUACAAAAAGGGUAAGGAGAGGAUGCUGAGCUUGACCCAGGAGUCAGGGGAAGGCCAGGACAUCCAAAAACUCUCUGAAGAGGAUGAUGAAAGAGAAGCAGACAAACAGAAAGCCAAGGGCAAAAAAAAGCAGUGGUGGCGGCCUUGGGUUGAUCAUGCUUCCAUGGUCAGGAGUGGAGAUUACUAUUUGUUUGAAACGGACAGUGAAGAGGAGGAAGAGGAAGAAUUAAAAAAGGAAGAUGAAGAGCCUCCACGAAGGUCAGCUUUCCAGUUUGUUUAUCAAGCCUGGAUUACUGACCCUAAAACAGCACUCCGACAGAGGCGCAAAGAGAAAAAAAGAUCUGCAAAAGAAGAACAGAAAAGAAGGAGAAAAGGAUCUGGGGACGGCUUGGCAGGUUCUGUGGAGUGGGAAGACCGGGAGGAUGAACCGAUCAAGAAGAAGUCUGAUGGACCAGAUAAUAUCAUCAAGAGGAUAUUUAAUAUUCUGAAGUUCACCUGGGUCCUGUUUCUGGCGACCGUGGACAGUUUCACAACGUGGCUGAACUCCAUCUCCAGGGAGCACAUCGACAUCUCCACCGUCCUGAGGAUCGAGAGGUGCAUGCUGACCAGAGAGAUUAAAAAGGGCAACGUCCCGACCCGGGAGAGCAUCCACAUGUACUAUCAGAACCACAUCAUGAACCUUUCCAGAGAGUCGGGACUGGACACCAUUGAUGACCAUCCUGGCGCCACUGCAGGUAUACAGACAGCCCACAGGAUGGACAGCUUAGAUUCCCACGACAGCAUCUCCAGUGAGCCCACGCAGUGCACGAUGCUCUACUCGCGCCAGGGGACCACAGAGACCAUAGAGGAGGUGGAGGCCGAGCAGGAUGAGGAGGCGCCUGAGGAGGCCAGGGACACCCAGUCCCCGCAGGACCCCACGGAGGACGGCGACGUGGAGGCCCCGCCGUCCUACAGCAAGGCCGUCAGCUUCGAGCACCUGUCUUUUGACUCCCGGGACGACUCGGGGGGCCAGACCCACAUGGCGGUCAGCCCCGACGACAGCCGCUCGGACCGCCUGGAGGCCAGCAUCCUGCCACCCCUGACGCAUGAGCUGACGGCCAGCGAGCUGCUGCUGAACAAGAUGUUCCGUGACGAUGAGCUGGAAGAGUCGGAGAAGUUCUAUGUUGGGCAGCCCCGCUUCCUGCUGCUGUUCUACGCCAUGUACAAUACGCUGGUGGCCCGCUCGGAGAUGGUGUGCUACUUCGUCAUCAUCCUCAACCACAUGGUCUCGGCCUCCAUGAUCACCCUCGUGCUGCCCAUCCUGAUCUUCCUCUGGGCCAUGCUGUCCGUCCCCCGGCCCAGCAGACGGUUCUGGAUGAUGGCCAUCGUCUACACAGAGGUGGCAAUUGUGGUCAAGUAUUUCUUCCAGUUUGGGUUCUUUCCCUGGAACAAGAGUGUGGAGUUGAGCAAAGACAAGCCUUACCACCCACCCAACAUCAUCGGGGUGGAGAAGAAGGAGGGCUACGUUCUCUACGACCUCAUCCAGCUGCUGGCCCUCUUCUUCCACCGGUCCAUCCUGAAGUGCCACGGCCUGUGGGACGAAGACGACAUCGCAGACGGCGGCUCUGACGAGGUGGGCUCGGACGACGAGCUGUCCCUCGGCCACGGUAGGAGGGGCUCCUCCGACUCCCUGAAGUCCAUCAACCUGGCCGCGUCCGUGGAGUCGGUGCACGUGACCUUCCCCGAGCAGCCGGCCGCCAUCAGGAGGAAGCGCUCCAGCAGCGGCUCCCAGACGUCUCAGGGCUCCAGCUUUUCCUCCAAUAGGUCCAAGAGAGGCAGCACAAGCACCCGAAACAGCAGCCAAAAAGGAAGCAGCGUUGUGAGCAUCAAGCAAAAAAGCAGACGGGAACUUUACGUGGAGAAGCUUCAAGAACACUUACUCAAAGCAAAAGCCUUUACCAUAAAGAAGACCCUGCAGCUCUACGUGCCCAUCAGACAGUUCUUCUACAACCUCAUCCACCCCGAAUACAGCGCCGUGACCGACGUGUACGUGCUCAUGUUCCUGGCAGACACCGUCGACUUCGUCAUCAUCGUCUUCGGCUUCUGGGCCUUUGGGAAACAUUCAGCCGCGGCCGACAUCACCUCCUCGCUGUCGGAGGACCAGGUCCCGGGGCCCUUCCUGGUGAUGGUCCUCAUUCAGUUCGGGACCAUGGUGGUGGACCGGGCACUGUACCUCAGGAAGACGGUCCUGGGGAAGGUCAUCUUCCAGGUCAUCCUGGUGUUUGGAAUUCACUUCUGGAUGUUCUUCAUCUUGCCUGGUGUGACUGAGAGGAAAUUCAGCCAGAACCUGGUCGCCCAGCUUUGGUACUUCGUGAAAUGCGUGUAUUUCGGGUUGUCUGCCUACCAGAUCCGCUGCGGCUACCCGACGCGGGUCCUCGGAAACUUCCUCACCAAGAGCUACAACUACGUCAAUCUCUUCUUGUUUCAAGGGUUCCGCCUCGUCCCUUUUCUGACGGAGCUGAGGGCCGUGAUGGACUGGGUGUGGACAGACACGACCCUGAGCCUGUCCAGCUGGAUCUGUGUGGAGGACAUCUACGCUCACAUAUUCAUCCUCAAGUGUUGGCGGGAGUCGGAAAAAAGGUACCCGCAGCCCCGGGGGCAGAAGAAGAAGAAGGUGGUCAAGUACGGGAUGGGGGGGAUGAUCAUCGUCCUGCUCAUCUGCAUUGUCUGGUUCCCUCUGCUCUUCAUGUCUCUGGUCAAAUCUGUCGCCGGGGUCAUCAACCAGCCCCUGGACGUCUCGGUCACAAUUACCCUGGGCGGGUACCAGCCUAUUUUCACAAUGAGUGCCCAGCAAAGCCAGCUGAAAGUUAUGGACCAGCCAAAGUUUAAUAAAUUUAUUAAAGCUUUUUCUAAGGACACUGGUGCUAUGCAAUUUCUGGAAAAUUAUGAAAAAGAAGACAUAACAGUAGCAGAACUGGAAGGAAACUCAAAUUCUUUGUGGACCAUCAGCCCUCCCAGUAAGCAGAAAAUGAUACACGAGCUCAUGGAUCCCAAUAGUAGCUUCUCUGUUGUUUUUUCAUGGAGUGUGCAGAGAAACAUGAGUCUGGGUGCAAAAGCAGAAAUAGCAACAGAUAAGCUUUCUUUUCCUCUUAAAAAUAUGACACGAGAGCACAUUGCUAAAAUGAUAGCUGGCAACAACACGGAAAGUUCCAAAACGCCAGUGACCAUAGAAAGGAUUUACCCAUACUACGUGAAAGCACCCAGUGACUCUAACUCCAAACCCAUAAAGCAACUUUUAUCUGAAAAUAAUUUCAUGAACAUCACCAUCAUUUUGUCCAGAGACAAUACAACUAAAUCCAACAGUGAGUGGUGGGUUCUCAACUUGACUGGGAAUAGAAUCUACAACCAGCAUGUGCAGGCCCUGGAGCUGGUGGUCUUCAAUGACAAGGUCAGCCCCCCAAGCCUGGGGUUCCUGGCCGGCUACGGUAUCAUGGGCCUCUACGCUUCAGUGGUCCUGGUGAUUGGGAAGUUUGUCCGUGAAUUCUUCAGUGGGAUUUCUCACUCCAUCAUGUUUGAAGAGCUUCCGAAUGUGGAUCGGAUUUUGAAGUUGUGCACAGAUAUUUUUUUAGUUCGAGAGACCGGGGAGCUGGAAUUGGAGGAGGACCUCUAUGCCAAAUUAAUAUUCCUGUACCGUUCGCCAGAAACCAUGAUCAAAUGGACCAGGGAGAAAACAAACUGACGCCCCAGGCCACAGACCACAAGCCAAGUUCACAUUGGAAUUUUCCAAAGAAAAAAAGAAAAGCACAAUACUCUCCUAAGAGCUAAGCAUUUCUAAUUCGGUGGAAACGGUCUCUCUUCUGACUGGUGCAGAAGGACUGGGCUUCCUUUUGCCCUCAGAGCUCCGAGCAAAGGCACUCUCGAAAAGUCCUUUGUAAUUCCAUUCCUCUGAAAUCAGGACUACUCGCUUUAUGUUUUAGUCCCCGGUGUCUUGCAGUCUGAUCGACUAUGUGGAGACUAUUGAUGGGUCUCGUCCCUCAGAGAAACAGAACAGGAGGAGGAGAAGGAAGGAAAGGCCUUCUCCUGUGAGGGACGGUGCCCUCCGAAGAGACGCUACAAUGCAACGCAAUGCACGGGGCUCUGCGGCCAAGGGGACGCUGCUGUGAGGAGGACGGGGGCCCUGCACCCCGAAUACGCAACAGAACGGGGGCUGAAAACUCCUACACAUAUGUCCAGGGGGGAA